AUGCAGUUGAUUCCCGUUUUUUUAAUCCUGCCAUUAUUCACAUCCUUUGCUUAUGCCAAUUACAAUGAAAAAGAUGCCAUAAUUCUUCAAAUCAGCAAUGCCAAUCACCCCGACUCGAAGGGCAAUUAUCGUUAUGCAUUUGAGACCUCAAAUGCCAUUCAAAUACAGGCCGCCGGCAAUGCGGCUGGGGUUGUUGGUGAAGUGAAUUUUGUCUCGCCCGAUGGUAGGGUGUUCGAGUUAACCUAUACCGCCGAUGAGAAUGGUUAUCAUCCAUUGGCAACAUUUUUACCCACACCACCGCCGAUACCGGAUUACAUAAAACGUUCUCUGGAAUAUAUAAGGAAUCACAAACAACAGAGACGGAAAACAACUCGGCAGAAUAACUGA